AUGAGUUGCGAGAGGAACUGGAAAGAAGCCCUCCUUUUGCUAUCAGGCAUGCCGAUGUUCGGGCUCGUUGCCAACACCGUGGCCUUCAACGUGGCUAUCAGCGCCGCGAAGGGGCAGUGGCGCAUGGCGCUGGGGCUAUGUGCAGACAUGGUCAGCCUGCGAGUUGCGGAUGUGAUUAGCUUCAACGCGUCCAUUUCUGCUUGUCAGAAGGGUGGGCAGUGGAGAUGGGCGCUUCAGGCGCUGUCAGACAUGCCAGAUGCUCAUGUUGCUGCCGACUCCAUCAGCCUGAAUGCGAGCAUGAGCGCAUGUGCCACACAUGGACUGUGGCAGCUUGCGCACUACCUGCUUUCAAACAUGCCCAGAGAACGAAUUCCGGUAACGGUCGUGAGCUUCAGCACUGCCAUCAGCGCAUGUGAGGCCAGCGGCAGGUGGCAGAUGGCCCUGCAACUGAUUUCAGAGAUGGGCCAGACGAGAAUUCCCUGUAACGUGAUCACCCUGAACUCAGCGAUUAGCGCAUGCGAGAAGGGUGGACAGUGGCAGAUGGCCCUUCACCUUCUAUCAUCAACCGACGCAGUUUCAGCAAAUGUUACAACUUUCAAUGCAGCCAUCAGCGCCUGCCAAAAAGGUGGGCAGUGGCAACUAUCACUUGAGCUCCUGUUUGCGAUGCCACGCGCCAGCCUGUCAGCAGAUGUCAUCAGCUUCAGUGCAGCUAUGAGUGCAUGCGAGUCUCAGGGUCAGUGGGAGCAGGUUUUGCAACUCUUAGCUGACAUGGUACAACUCCGAGUCGCCCCCAACAGGAUCACCUACAGCGCAAGCAUCAGCACGUGUCGCGCUGGCAGCGAGUGGCAGCUGGCACUCCUGCUCUUCUCAGACAUGACGGACGGACAGCUUGAGACAGAUGCGAUCAACUUCAACGCCGUCAUUGGCGCUUGUGAGGAGGGCGCGCAAUGGCAGUUGGCACAUCAGUUGCUGCUGCAGAUGCCGGCAGCAAGGGCGACCGCGAACGUUAUCAGCUUUAACACCACCAUCAGUGCCUGCGAAAAGGCGGGCAAUUGGCAGUUGGCCAUUGAUCUCCUGUGCACGAUGCAGGCGCUCAGAGUCUUGGCGGACGAGAUCAGCUUCAACGCUUCGAUCACGGCCUGUGCCAAGAAUGGCCCCUGGGAAAUGGCACUUCACUUGCUUGAUGCCAUGCGCUGCAAGCAACUGGUGCCGGACAUCAUCAGCUUCAAUGGAGCGAUCAACGCCUGCGAAGGUCAAGGAUUGUGGCAGUUGGCCUUGGCAAUCCUCUUCGGCUUAGAUGCCCAGCUGCCAGCCACAGUGGUGACGUUCGGAUCGGCCAUCAGCUCUUGCGAAAAAGCCGGACAAUGGCAGGCGGCCCUCGAACUCUUGGGCGCGAUUGGGGACGCGCGGAUGGCGGGCAAUUCCAUCACAUACAACUCCGCCAUGUCUGCUCUGGCAAAGGGCCGGAAGUGGCAAGAAACCGGCCGCUUGCUCUCCGAGAUGCGCGCCGCGACAAUUCCCGCUGACGUGUUGAGCUAUAGCGCGGGCAUCAGCGCCUGCGAGCAGGCCGGCGUGGCGGCCACCGAUGUUGCCUUUGGCGACGCCAUGUUCCCGUUGCCCCUGAGGGGAGGGUGCCGAGGUGCCCCCUGA